CCUACCUUCUACAUGUAAGAGCAGUUCUUUGUCACCACCACUAUCUUUCCCACGACACUUGUCCCCAGUAUCGAUAAGGAGCAACAGACAGACUAUCCCUCACACGAUGUCCGACAUGAAACGAGAACCAUCCUCUCCGGGCCUAAAGCCAGCCCAGAGUCAGGUAAGGGAGACUGACGUGGACAGGACCGGCAACAUCAGCGGGCUCCGAUACCUCACCUGUCGCGGUGGGGACCCCGAGCCACGGGCGGGCAUUAUCGGCGGCAUCCUCCAGCUGGAGGGCAAAUGGUUUGGAUUGACGGUGCUCAGCCCCUUCCUGGAAGACCAUUUCUGUGGCGUCGGUACGCAGCCCUUCUGGCACACCACCCCCUACGACGCGGAGAUCAAGUCGACCGAGAUCUACGGCGCCCGCGAGCCCCACGCCCUCUGGGGGCGCAUCCCUCCGGAUCCCGAGACGCUGCAGCCCCAGAAGCGAUACUUCUCCCGGAUCGGAAACUGGGCCCUCAUGGAGCUGGUGAACCAGGAGCUCGCGGAGACCUGCGUGCCCGGUCCGGACGCGAGUUGGGUGCUGCUCCCCACCAUCAUGGACAAGGAUAAGCCCGUGCCGCGCUGGCAGCUGAUGAUCCCGGACCGGGAGCUUCCCCCCAGCGAUGAGCCGUUGGACAUUGUGAAGCCCUGUGCGCAGUGUCAGGGCACGGCGGAUCUGUGCUACCACUAUGCUUUCAAGUCGGACGGCUUCCUCUCGGAGUGGGGAGCGUGGGUCAUCGAGGAGCCGCAUCUCAGCGUCGUCGGCAUCGUUCACUUUUCGGAUCGUUUCACAAUCCAAGCCAUCCCGGCCUGGUGGACAUUCAACGAGCUCAAGCAGCGCUUUCCGGCCCUCAAACCACCCUUGAUUUGUUGUGCAUUCCCGAACGACAAUGAUUUCCUAGGCAGUGGGUACGACACCGACAACGAUCUAGUCACAAAAGACACGGACGACAUUCCAGCCAAAAAAGAAGAACUCCCAUCGGUUUGACCCAUCUAGGAAUCUAGGAAUCCUUUCUGACCUCAUAUCGUCUUUGCAGUCAAUUAAAGCAGUUUCCCUAUCAUUCUAUGCCCUCUAGUCUUCUUCAAUACAACCUGUCAAUCGAUUGGAAGAGGCCUUCUUCGUACUGGUCCUGAUCUAAUUCCUUGUUUCGUCUCCUCUCAUAUGACGAUUCUCCUGGAUCACAUUGACAGCUACGCCGCUGAACAGCGACAUCAGGCUUAGUAAUAGUAUGUAGCGCAGCUGAUUAUCUUACUCGCUUGGCCUCAACCCACGGCUGGAACAGGCGGCUCUAGUUUACACCUGGCAUAGGUUGUUCGGCCUUGGAGUCUACUGGGUUAGCGGCGACGUUCCAAAGACCCAAUCCCCGUUCAAUG